CGUUGACCUUGUCGACAGGACCGGCGUGGGCGAACUGCCAAGAGAUGGGAUCAGUGUUGGAUAUGUUGUACUCUUGCUCUUUCUUAUUUUGCACGUAUUUUCUAUAAUCAUCGCAGAGAGAGGUAUCCCCCCCGCUGGAUAUCCCAAAUGGAUGGGACCGUGCUACGGGGCCGUCCGAUUUUAUUUUGCGUCGCAGAAGAUGAUACAGGAGGGUCAUAGAAAGUACGCGGAAAGUGGGAUUUUCAAGGUGCCCAGGUGGACGAGUUGGCUUAUAAUAGUCGAUAGCGACCAGCUAGUUGGAGAAUUGUAUCAGAUGCCAGAGGAGAUAUUGUCAGAGCGGGAUUCUAACAGCGAGGAAAACCAAACCAAGUAUACGAUGGGUGAGACCAUUUAUACCAAUCCAUACCAUGUCCCCCUUCUCCGGAGCAAGCUCCCUCGUCACAAUGACCUCCUCGGAGCGGAAUGCCUGGACGAGAUCCCCUAUGCGUUCGAAGAGGUUAUAGGAAGGGGCACGGACGAAUCAUGGAGGAACAUAGACAUUGUGAAGCCGCUGACGAAUGUUGUAGCACGAACAUCUAGCCGAUUUAUCGUCGGAGAACCUCUUUGUCGCGACGAAAGCUACAUCAGUGUAGCCCUGCAAUCCGGACCGGACAUCGUUAUCAAGGCUUUCUUCAUUAACCUAUUCCCCUCAAUAUUUAGACCAAUCUCUGGUCGUCUCCUCACUAACCUACCCGCGAAAACACGGGCCCUGGUCAACUUCUUGGGGCCCGCAAUAGAAGAGAGGAAAGCACUCGCAGCAGAAACCAAGAAAGACCUGAGCACUAGACACCAGGACGUACUCUCGGAACUUAUGCAAGUAGCCCCGCCCGAGGAGCAGGCACCGGAGGCCAUAGCACGACGAGUGAUGGCAGCAAAUGCCGCUGCCUUCCAUUCGUUAUCUUUGACGUGCCUCAACGCCCUGGUAACGCUAGCCACACGACCGGAAUAUGUCCCUCUCCUUCGAGCCGAGGUGGAGGACGCCAUCCAAACCCACGGAUGGGGCAAGAAUGCCAUGGACCAGCUACCCAAAUUGGACAGCUUCCUCAAGGAGUCGAUGCGGUUCAACGUCCUCGGGUCAACGAGCUUACCGAGAAGGGCGCGUGAGCCGUUCAGCUUCUCCGAUGGGACGUACAUACCGCGGGGCACUUACGUGGCGACGACCUGGUCGAACCAUUUCGAUGAGCAGCAUUACCCCGGGGCGACGUCCUUUGAUGGGUUGAGGUUCUAUAAGGAGAGUAGUUCGUCAGGACAAGGGAGAGUCAACGAAGUUAUCCGCACCAGUCCGUAUUACCAGCCAUUUGGGCACGGGAAGCAUGUCUGGUACCCUGGCCGGUUCGUAGCCUCGUGCAUCAUGAAAGGCGUCCUCGCGCACAUCCUAUUGAACUACGACGUCAAGAUGGGCGGAGACGGGACGCGGCCUCGGGACAUCUGGUUCAAGUACUACUGUAGCCCUGCUUUGCAUAUCCCGUGA